ACCCCGCCAUCUUCCCGUAACGCCUUCCCAACCUUCCUCUCCCGCACGCUACCAAAAAUCUACAGAAAACAGACCCAUAAACCGCUAGGGUUGCCAAAACCGCCGAGAUUUCCAGGGAAGAAACCACUCCCCCGUCCUCAUCACUCCCACCCGUUUGACACAUUUUGUACGUGAAACUCGUCGCACCAGAUUAUUAGGGUUUUUCUCCCAAUUUUGCCUAACUACUAUACUCAAAACGAAGCGAGGAUUUGUUUUUCAUGUUAGGCGAAGAGUUCAUGACUUAUGAAUGGAGAUUAUUAUCUCUAAUUUUUUCUCGAAUAAUUCUAUUUUUCUCGCUGUUGCUGCCCUCUUGAUUACCGCCCUAGGUUGCGUUUUCGGAACUCUCUUCACCGUUCGAUCAAAAGCGAAAUUUUCCGCCGGUUACUGUUGCUCUUGUAAGGGUAAUUCGGGAACUUGUCAUACGACGGCGUAUCUCAACGGUGUCAUUACUGGUUUGGAGGAUAAUUCUAGGAGUGGGGAAGAAGAAAUGGUUGAGAAAGUGCCGGCGGUGGUGCCGCCGGAAAAGCAGUCCGGUGCUUCGAUGAUGGAGCAGUUGGUGCCGGAGAUCACUACGCAUGCUUUGAGUUACUUGGACUAUCCGAGUUUGUGCAGGCUUUCCAUGACUAAUUCACAGAUGCGCAAGGCUGCCAAUGAUGAUAAUGCAUGGAAAGCUCUCUAUCACAAGGAUUUCACAUUGGAGCAGGAUAGUGUGAUUCCAGUUAAUGGAUGGAAGGCCUAUUAUGCAGCUACAAGAGCCAUUGUGAACAUUAACAAUGAAUUUUUUCGCAUCAUUAAAGAAAGGUCACUUGCAGAAAUGGGUCAUUUCUGGCUAAAUGCAGAUUAUGUGAAGUGUUUCCAUGCUUCUGGAGAGUCCUUUACUGGAUACAGUGCGGUCAUGCAAAGCUGGCAGCUAGCUUUUAACUGGGAGCAAGGUUUUAAUUUUCAAGUUCAAGAUGUAAGGGCACGGGUACUAACAGAUAUGGCUUGGGUAGCCAUGAAAGCUUAUGUUGACAUGGAGACUGGGCCAUUCAAUGUGACUAAUAUAUUUGAAUUCCAUAAUGGAAGGUGGUACAUGGUCCAUCAUCACACCUCAGUGAUGAUGGUAAAUGGAGGCGCCGAACAACAAAUGAUGCAGGGUUAGGAAGCAUAGUCUCAAAGCUUAAGUUACAAGGAUGAUGGUAUUUAUUAAAAUUUGAAAGUGGUACAGUUUUUUUCUCUUCUUACGAGGGUCCCUUGUCUAUGAUUCCUUGGAAGAUCCUAUGUAACCUCUCUCUCUCUCUCCCCUCCCCCCCACCCCACCCCACCCCAAGGCCCCGGUUUUUGGAAGAUUUUCUUAACCUCAGUUUUCACCUUUUUGAUGGUAAAGAAGCUACCAUCUUGCUUCUAAAAGUGGUUUACUAGUGCUGAUUUCAAUUCGGAUCAGUAAUUGAGCAAUCUUUGAGUAAGUACAGCUUUGUUAGAAACUUCAUGCGACUUUGAAAAUGAAGCGUAAGAUUGUAUC